CUUAACAAUCAAUUGGGAGGCCAAACUAGAUAGUUGAGCAGUUGUAAUGAGGUGAAUACCUAAACGGGGCAAAAUGCUGCAUGUUGUGUCCUUUCUGGUCCUGUUUCCACCAUUCUCGUUGGCCUUUACCGCGGAUGAAGUCAAGAAUUUGACAAAAUACAUAUUUGCCACAAAUGCCUACGACAAAAGCUUAAGACCGGCCUCAAACCAAGUGUCUCCGACGGACCUGAAAGUGUCUUUUAACUUGCUAAGUAUAAACAAGCUAGACGAACUGGAGGAGAAACUCGUCACCACGGCGUACCUGACGCUUUCAUGGAAGGACGAGUUCCUCACCUGGGACAGAACCGAAUUUCGGAUAAACAAACUAACGUUGCCACAAAACUGGGUGUGGAAGCCGGACUUUGUCUUGAAAAAUGGUUUUACCGAGUUCAAAGAACUAGGCGGCUCUUUUUAUUACGUAGUACUUGCAUUCGAUGGAACUCUUUCUUGGAAACCUUAUCAAGUGUUUCAGUCACAGUGUUCCAUUGACGUUACGUAUUUUCCAUUCGAUACACAGACAUGCAAUAUUCAGUUCACUAUGUGGUCACACUAUACAUACCAGGUAACACUGAGUUCAUCAAGCAGUAGUGUUGAAAUGGAUGACUACAAAGUCAACAAAGUUUGGAAAAUCACGUCAACGUCACAAAACAUCGACAAUUCUGGAUCCAACAGUAUAGUAACAUAUACCCUAAAUCUGAAGCGAAAACCUGGUUUUUACGUCGGAAAUCUUGUCACACCGAUUCUGUUUCUAGGUGUAUUGAACAUUCUGGUUUUCAUCAUUCCAGCCGAUGCCGGAGAGAAGAUGUCCUACUGUGUAACUGUAGCUUUAGGUUUCAUCGUCUUCUUGACAAUCAUAAGCUCUGAACUACCGGCCAACUCUGACAGCACGCCGUAUCUAUCAAAAUACCUACAGAUUCAAAUCUUUAUGGGAGGAAUAGCACUCGUCAUUUCAGCGGUACAACUGCGGCUUCGCCAUAAAUCUGAGCAGCAGAAAGUAUAUACACCAUUCAAACUUCUAGUUAACGCCGCAUUUUGUAAAAAGUUUAAAGCCAAAGUAUCAUGUAAGGAUAAAGCUACCCCAGUAUAUGAACAAAACAAGGAGAUUCAGGACAUGAAGACAUAUGAUGAUCCAAUAACAUAUACCUGGAAUGAGGUAUCGUCCGCCAUUGAUUUUGUGAUGUUUUGGAUUUAUAUUUUCGUUUAUUGCAUAAGUACUAUUACCAUAAUGACUAUUCUUAAGAACUAAUAAAAUACAAAAUUUAUCUUGAAGAUCGGUGAUUAUAUGUAUGCGUGUAUGCAAAAUUGUGUUUAAAAUUCAUUUUACAUGUAUUAUUAAUGGGAUCUCAUCGUUUUAACGUUCUUCUUAAGUUGCCCUGCAACACCCUUUCUUGAAUGCAAGACAUUGUUCUAGUUUUUAGCUCACCUGAACCGAAGGUUCAAGUAAGCUUUUCUGAUCACCUGUUGUCCGUCGUCCGUCCGUCCGUCUGUAAACUUUUCCCGUUUUUGACUUCUUCUCUAGAACCACUGAGCCAAAUUUAACCAAACUUGCUACAAAGCAUCCUUAUGGGAAGGGGAUUCUAAAUUGUUAAAAUAAAGGGGACAACCCUUUUUAAAAGGGAGAUAAUUGCGAAAUUGCGAAAAUUGGGUGGGUGUCUUAAAAAUCUUCUUCUUAAGAACCACUGCACAAAAUAUGUGCAAUAUUUACACCAAAGCUUGUAUAUAUAGUGAAAAUUCUAAAUUGUAAAAAUCGGGAUCCUCAGGUCAAUACUGGGGUCCCAAGAGGGGUUCAAAGUUGAUUUAAAAAGACCAAUUUAUAACAUAGAAAUAUACAUGUAUGAGGGAAAAUGUUUUAAAAAAUGUAUCCUCAAGGACUACAGUGCUAAAAUUAGUGAGAUUACUAUACAAGUACCCUAAGAUAGUGUUGAUUCUAAAUUGUGAAAACCGUGAUCCCCGGACUAAUACUACGUACGGUUCCAAAAUAUGUUCAAAGUUUAACAUAGACUUAUAUAAUGGGAAAAUGUAUUUAAACUCUUCUUUUUAAGAAUUACAAUGCUACAGUUUGUCAGAUUACUAUGCAAUCAUUCUAAGAUAGUGCAGAUUCUAAAUUGUUUAAAACAUUUUUUCAUUAAAAGAAGUAUUCAAAAAAAAAAAGAAAAAAGAAAUUUCCAUGAUAAGUGUAUUAUAGUUAAAUUAUCUGGAAAUAAAUGUGUAUGUUUAUCGACUAGUUUUUUGGUUUUUUUGGAAUGUCGAUCCCGACAUCAAUUACUCACAUAUCGGGAUCCAAGUGAUCGGAAUCAAAGAUCAUAAAUUCAAACAACUUCAAAAAGGUGUGGAUCUUGGUUUUUACGAAGUUUUGAUUCACAAACACAGAGUUAGGAAAGAUAAAGGAACAAAAUAUAAAAAUGGUUAUGGAAAAAAAAGUAGGAAUCAUUGAUAGACUUUGACUUGAUAAGUCAACUAUAUAUAGACUUUCCAUGUUUUUUUUAGUUUAGUCUAUAAGACAGAUGAUCGAUGACAUUGCAAAAUCUAACAUGCCUAAUGUCCUCAUCACACCUGCAAUAUUUUUAUUUGAUGAAUCGAUAAAGAAGCUUUUAAUGAUUGAAAUACAAAACAGAUGCCAAUAUCAUCUUUUAAUUAUUUAACGAAUAUUUUUCAAUUUUUUCAGUGAAAUGGGAUUUUUUACUGCAAAUGGGUAUUUCAGAGCUUAAAAUUCAAUCUCAUUUGAUGUGUAAAAUAACUAUGAAUAAAAACAUGCAAAAGAUAAAAUUGUUUCUUCUUUUUAUGUAUUGUUUAAUAUAUGGCAAAAUCUUGAAAUAUAUGAGUUUUACAAUAU